AUGAAUUAUAUGCUUUCUGAAUUCCAUCUUUUUCUGCUUUCAGAUAAAUUCUAUUGCGAUAUACACGGACGUCAGAAGAAAGAUUUGAUAGGUGCAGCAGGACAAACUCCUCUUCAUCCCCAUACAGCUGUUCAAGCACCACUAACUAGCAUCAGACCCAAUCAAACUCAUGCAAAUGCUGGAUCUUUCUAUCAACCUGAUAACUUGUCACGACCUGCUCCGCAGUCAAUCAAUACCCAUCAUAUCACCGUUAAUGUGACAAAUCCAAAAACUCAAGGACCUAUAAGUCCAGCUCAACGUGGAAUUCCUACAAAUUCUGUUUUUACUGGUGAUCGAACAACAACAACAAAGUCGUCAUCUUCUUCAUCGGAACAUUUCCGUAAUAGCAGUCAGCCGUCUUCGUAUAAUUUGAAUACAACAAACAACGUUCCGAAUCUUCCUGUUCAGGCUCCACCACCUCUGCCACAAACUGAAUUACACGUCAAUGUUAACGAUAGGAAAACUAACCUUUUGUCUCCGUCUCGUUCGAAUGAAUCUAGAAUUCCUUUGUCGGUGCGUGAUGCCGUGUCACCUCGUUCUGUUAAAUCCCCUCGGCAAUGGCCCCCACCACACAAUCUUUCUACUAACCGUUAUUGGAUAAUUGAUCCAGUUGGAAAAGCUAAAGCAGAAAAAACGUCUGUCACUCUCCAAGAUCUCAUAAAGAAUGAAGAGCUGGAACUUCAUCUUGAUGAUCUGUUAGAAGAAAAGAGUUUGAAAACACUGUUUUCGCCCCUAACUGGAACAAAUGGAAAUGCUGUAGAGCCAAGAAUAGAAAAUGGGAUACACUGGACGGUUAUCUCUGGACCUGUCAAACAUAACUUCCGUUCUACUUCUAGUUGUGAAGCGAAUGAUAGAAACUGUGAAGACAAUCAGUUUUCAAACCCUGACGAAAAACGCUCUCAUAAUACUUUGAAAUGUAACGAAUCAGAAUGUUCAGAAACUCAGCACUCCAGCAACGUAGACAUUCCUCAAAUCCAGUUAACUAGAGCAGAUCUUGAAAGCUCGGUUAAUGAAAAUCAGAUCACGGAAAGUCAAACCUCUUUGAAAGUUAUAUCCAGACAAGAUAGCAGCACAUCACCUAUUCCUGUCAUAAAGUUUGAACGGAAUGCUUCUGGAAGAGGAAGAGUUCCUUUCAACUCAGAUUUUCAAAUGGAUUUUAGUAAAACUAUAAAAGUUGUAACUGAAGAUCAGCUAAGCACUAAUUAUGAUAAUCCAACAUUUGUUCUCAACUCAUCACCACAUCCAUAUGACUCAUCACGGAUCGGGGGAGCGGGUGAAAAGCGAGUCGAAUUCAAAUCUUCUGCAAAUUUCGUUAAUUCAGAGAAACGUUGGAGUGAGUCUAAUCACAUAGUUGAUGAAUCGGAUAUUCUGACUGACAAUUCCCGAAGAAGCGAUGAAAGCAUAGACGAUUCGAAUAUUGAAAGCAGAUUGACCGCAGCUCCUUAUGAUGGUGAUGUUUCAGAGUUCGGUAAAAGCGCAAACACAACUAUCGAAGAUGAACAAGAGGAAUGGAUGAGAGAAGAAGUUGAACAAGCCAAACAAGAACAAAUCGAAGAGAACGCUUCUUCAGCAGCGAUCUCAAUGCGAGUCAAUAAUAUACAGUCUGAGGAAGUUUCUGAACGCGGACACUCGUUGCGUGGUAUAGUAGAGGAUAGAUGUAUUGGUGAGGAUGAUCAACGUCAACGUGACCUGGCCAUAGUCGCGGCUCUACACGAUAGAAUUCACGAUAUUCGAGAAAUGGAAGACCAGGACCGUUUGCGGGCUAUUGAGUGUAUCGAGCGCCACCAACAAGACCUGGAGGAUCAGCAAGAUCAAUUAUCUCUUCUUUUGAACUCAGCCAUUCAAUAUCUGAGAACUUUCGACACUCCCGAAACCGUAGAAACGAGGGUUCUGAACGAGUUGAAGACUUCUUCCGAUUUUGACGGUGACAGUAAGCCUCUCAUAGAUUAUCCACCACUACCUCCGGCACGCAGCAAUAAAAGCCCACCUGCACCUCCCGAGCGUAGAUGUUUCAAGGUUCUUUCGCCAUCAUUUGAUAGUUCGAAUAUUGGUAUUGAAGAAAUCAUUACACGCAGCAAUUUCACUAAUACGGCCAAAGAGGUUGCAUCUGAUCGUUUGAUCACGCAAUUGUCUAACAAGCUGAAAGCAUAUGAUGAUACGGCAGUUUCUUCUUUCCAUAAUAAUGAGUUUCAAAACCAAAGUACGACAAAAUCAAUCUAUCCUUCUUCCAAAAUAGGCAAUGGAAACUUGUCUCAACAGCACACAGGAGGAAGAACAGCGUUUUGUGAAGCUUGUAAGCAACACAUUAGAGGUGCAUUUGUUUUGGCUUCUGGCUUGAGCUGGUGUCCAGAACAUUUCAUUUGUGCGAAUAAUAACUGUGGACGCCGCUUGUUGGAAUGUGGAUUUGUAGAAGAAGGAGGACACAAGUACUGUGAAUGCUGUUUUGAAGCAUAUAUUGCACCGAAAUGCUCUAAGUGCACAAAGCCAAUCAUAAGUGAUUGUUUAAACGCUCUGCAGAAAAAAUGGCAUCCAACCUGCUUCACAUGUACUCAUUGCCAGAAACCUUUUGGUAAUAAUGCAUUCUAUCUGGAAAAUGGUCAAGCGUUUUGUGAAGCAGAUUGGAACAUGUUGUUCACUACCAAAUGCGUGAACUGUAAGUUCGCUAUUGAAGCCGGAGACAGAUGGGUAGAGGCUUUAGGAAGUGCUUUCCAUUCUAACUGUUUCAACUGUUCGCGCUGCAUGAUAAACUUGGAAGGUGAGAGUUUCUUCGCGAAAAAUGGAGAGCCAUUCUGUAAGCUUCAUGCCUAA